CCAGUUGACUUGCAACUGGCAGAGGCGCAUAUUUGCAUCGCGAGUGCUGUCAAACAUGCACGCUCUCCGACACGACAUCCUCCCUGCGAGCGGCACAGAGUUUGCUGUAUCACUCAAACUCACGCCUUCGUCUCUCAACGAGUACUCUACUUCGUCUUCUCGCGUUCUGUCCAACCUCGUCACUGCACGCUCCAAUAUCAUACGCAUAUACGAGGUCCGCGAGGAUGCUGCAUCGCUUUCGUCCCAGGUGGAGGCUGAGAAGGAGCGGAAGUCGCAUGUGAGGAAGGGAACUGAGGCGGUGGAGGGCGAGGUUGAGAUGGACACGGGCGGCGACGGUUGGGUGAAUAUGGGUUCCGUUAAGUCCACUUCAUCAGGUCCCCCCACCGUCACCCGCUUUCACUUCGUCAGAGAACAUGUCGUACAUGGGAUUGUCACGGGCAUGGACUGUAUACGCACCAUAUCCUCCAAUGAAGACCGAAUGGACCGUCUUCUUGUCUCGUUCAAGGAUGCCAAAAUUGCCCUCCUCGAGUGGUCAGAUGCCGCGCACGACCUCAUUACAGUUUCCAUUCACACGUAUGAACGGUCCGAGCAGCUAAUGUCCAUCGAUGCUCCGUUGUUCCGUUCGUCUCUACGAGUCGACCCUCUUUCGCGAUGUGCAGCGCUUUCGUUGCCCAACAAUGCCUUAGCAAUUCUACCCUUCUAUCAGACUCAAGCAGAGUUCGACGUUAUCGAAGGAGAGGGGGAAACCGAGGGCAUGCGGGAUGUACCGUACUCGCCGUCGUUCAUAUUGGACCUACCUGUGGACGUAGACUCGUCUUUGUGCAAUGUCAUUGACUUUGCUUUCCUUCCCGGGUUUAAUAACCCCACCCUCGCGGUGCUUUGCCAGAGUGAACAGACAUGGGCCGGUCGACUCAAAGAACACCGCGACACAACGCUCGUCGUCACAUUCACCCUCGAUCUCCUCUCGUGCACGUUCCCCAUCCUCUCCACGUUACGUGGCCUUCCCUCCGACGCAUUCUCCCUCUCGCCCGCGACGCUCCCUCCCGACUUCACCAGUGGCUUGAGCGGUGGCGCAUCCAACGCACACGGCGUCGUCGUCCUCACACCCGACGCGGUGCUCUACGCGGACCAGGCACGCUGCGUCGGCGCAGCCGUCAGUGGGUGGGCGACACGCACGAGUGACUUGAGCAUCAGCAACGCGUACCUCACCGGCGGCACAGCCAAAGACGCGGAGGGAGACGUGAAGCCGCUCGCGCUGGAGGGCGCCUUCCCGCUGCUGCUCACGCCGACUGCACUGCUGCUUGUGCUGAGGAGCGGGGAGAUGCACGUUGUGAGGUUGGUUACGGAGGGACGCAGUGUUGGGCGUGUGGACGUGGGGCCCUGUGUAGGGCAAACGGUUAUGCCGGCGACGGUUGUGCGUGUCAAGGCACCACAGCGAGCUUUGGGCCAGGGCCAAGGCGAAGGGGAGAAGGCGAAGGAGAGGCGAAUGGUGUUCGUUGGCUCUAUUGUUGGUCCAGCGACGCUGUUGUCGGCGGAGCGUGUUGAAGAGACUGCCGCUGCGAACGGGAACGGGGUGAAUGGGAGUGGUGCUAACGGGCAUGUGGAGAAUAAGGAUGCGGGGAUGGAGAUGGACGUGGACUUGGAUGACGAUGACGACUUGUACGGGCCGACCACGCUCACGUCUCAGCCCUCCUCUGGUAGUGCGGAAGAGGCUCUGCGUUUCGCAUUCUGUGACGCGAUACCCGCUCAUGGUCCUAUUCUCGAUAUGGCAUUUGCUCUCGGUAAAUGGGGGGACCGAUACGUACCCGAGCUCGUGGCCUCAACUGGCGCUGAGCACCUCGGCGGGUUCACGCUCUUCCAGCGCGACCUUCCAAUACGCACAAAACGUAAGCUACACGUCCUCGGUGGCGCCCGUGGUAUCUGGUCUAUCUCCGUGAAACAGUCGCCGCGCGGAAGCGCCGCUUCAUCUGCAGGUGCUGGCCCAAAUCCGGAGCUCGCGAAUGAUACGGUGGUCAUCAGCACGGAUGCGAAUCCGAGUCCUGGAGUCUCCCGAAUUGCGACACGGUCCACAAGAACCGACCUGGCCAUCCCGACCCGCAUACCAGGCACGACCGUUGGCGCAGGCCCGUUCUUUGGGCGUACGGCAAUUCUGCAUGUCAUGACGAACUCGAUCAGGGUCCUUGAGCCCGAUGGUACGGAACGCCAGUCGAUCAAAGACACCGACGGGAAUAUGCCACGGGCCAAGAUCCGGUGGUGCAGCAUCUGCGACCCGGUGGUGCUCAUCAUCCGCGAGGACGACACGCUUGGCUUAUUCAUCGGCGAGCCGGAGCGGGGCAGAAUCAGGAGAAAGGAUAUGUCGCCUAUGGGCGAAAAGUCCUCGAGGUAUAUCGCAGGGUGCUUCUUCGCAGACACGAGCGGGUUGUUUGAGGCGUUCAUGGAUCCGAAGGCUGCUGCUGCGUCAUCAAAGGGCGACAAAGACAAGGGCGCGACGCAGACGAUGCAGAGUGUUGUGAACGCUGCGACGAACAGCCAGUGGUUGGUUUUGGUGCGGCCACAGGGUGUACUGGAGAUAUGGACGCUGCCCAAGCUAACCUUGGUCUUCUCGACUACGCUGAUCGCGACGCUUGAUAACGUCUGCGCGGACUCGUACGAUCCGGCAGCGCUGUCGCUUCCGCAGGAUCCACCGCGCAAGCCACAAGAGCUGGAUGUUGAGAACAUCGUUAUGGCGCAGCUCGGGGAAUCGAAUCCUACGCCGCAUCUUAUGGUCUUCCUCCGCUCAGGCCAAGUAGCCAUCUACGAAACCGUGCACCAUCCGCCCCCGCCCGACCCGUCCGCUCACGGUACGCGCAACGCCUACCUCAAAAUCAAAUUUGUCAAAGUUGCAUCAAAGACACUUGACGUCAAGCACGCCACGGAUGAUCCUUCCUCUUCGUCAUCCGAUGGUGCGUCCGCGUCCGCCAAGGCAACAGCGAGCGUGCUCGCGGAGCAAAAGCGCAUCUCGCGCGCAUUCAUACCUUUCACGACAUCUCCUCCUCGCCCCGGCCACCCGGGCUCGUCCACGACGCUGAGUGGCGCGUUCCUCACGGGCGACAAGCCGCACUGGAUCAUCCGCACCGACGCAGGCGGCGUCCGCCUGUAUCCUUCCGGGCACGCGCUCGUGCACGCGUUCUCCGCGUGCUCCCUCUGGGAGUCGCGGGGCGACUUUCUGGUGUACUCGGACGAGGGUCCCACGCUGCUGGAGUGGGCGCCAGAUUUGGAGGUGCACGGCCCGUUGCCGAGCCGGAGUGUGCCGAAGGGGAGGACGUACGGGAAGGUGGUGUAUGAGCACGGGAGCGGGCUGGUUAUUGCGAGUGCGGAUGGGUGGGCGAGCUUUGCGAGUUAUGAUGAAGAUGGGGCGAUCGUUUGGGAGCCGGAUGCGCCUGGUGUGGCUUUCCCGAAGGCGGACUGUUCGACGCUGGAGUUGAUUUCGCCGGAGUUGUGGAUAACGCUGGACGGAUAUGAAUUUGCACCCAACGAAUUUGUGAACGCCGUGGAAGUCGUCACGCUCGAGACGCUCAGCACCGAGACGGGCAGCAAAGAGUUCGUCGCGGUGGGGACGACGAUCAAUAGGGGCGAGGAUCUCGCUGUGCGGGGAGCGACGUACAUCUUCGAAGUGGUCGAAGUCGUGCCCGACCCGUCGUCAAAACUAGAUCGGUGGUAUAAGCUGAAGAUGCGCGUGAGGGACGAUGCGAAGGGCCCUGUCACGGCGCUGUGCGGGAUCAAUGGGUAUUUGGUUUCGUCUAUGGGACAAAAGAUCUUUAUACGUGCGUUUGAUCUGGAUGAGCGGCUCGUGGGCGUCGCGUUCCUCGAUGCAGGGGUGUACGUUACAUCGCUCAAGGCGCUCAAAAAUCUGCUGUUGAUUGGAGACGCGGUGAAGAGCGUGUGGCUUGUUGCGUUCCAGGAGGAUCCGUACAAGCUCGUCAUUCUCUCGAAGGACAUACGGAGGCAAUACGCCGCCUCGGUCGACUUUUUCUUUGCGAACGGCGAGCUGUCGAUUGUGACGGAGGACGAGGAGGGUGUGCUAAGAGCGUAUGAAUACGAUCCCAAUGAUCCGGAAUCAAGAAGUGGUCAACAGCUAUUGUGCCACACCGAGUUCCACGGGCACAAGGAGUGUUCGACGACGUUGACGAUUGCGCGGAGGACGAAGACGGAACACGAGAUUCCGCAGGCGAAGUUGAUCUCAGGUUUCGGGGAUGGCUCGCUGUCAGCGCUCACGCCGGUGGAUGAAGCGGCGUUCAAGAGGCUGCAGCUGCUCCAGGGCCAGCUGACACGGAAUGUACAGCAUAUUGCUGGGCUGAACCCGCGUGCGUUCCGAAUUGUGCGGAACGAAACGGUGUCAAAGCCACUAUCCAAAGGUAUUUUAGACGGGCAGCUGCUGAGUUCGUUUGAGGCGCAGGGCAUCACGCGGCAGGGCGAGAUGACGCGGCAGAUUGGGACGGAGCGGACGACGAUACUGCAGGAGUGGAUUGGGCUGAAUACGCCCUGGUGAUGUUUGUGACCUGGGUACAAAAGUAGUAGAGUAAUGUACUUGUCGAUUAUUGCUAAGUAAGCCCUAAAUACGAUAUCAUUUU